CAAAACUAACACAACAAAAAUUUAAGAACCAAUCCCUAACACUACAUCAACCAAUGCAAUAAACAAAAAAAUAUUUUCGUACUAAAAAAAAUUGAGACAAUGGCUUCUACAUUUCUUCUAGGCCAUACUCAGAAACUCACAAUUCCUUUUUCUAAUUUCACCUCCUCACAUAAACCAACUCUUAGAUCUCAAAACUCUUUUCUUGGUCUCCCCUCCAAUGGCAGUCAAAGCGGCCGUUUGUUCAUCAGAUCACCAAUCACGAUGGCCAAAUCAAACAGCAAAAGUGAUUAUCAAGAUGAUAAAAAGCUCUUAACGCCGUUAAAAAUGGCGGCGGGAGCAUCCCUUGCACUUGCUUGCGCCUUAAGUAUCUUCGGCUUAAAGAUAAAUAAUAUGAGCUAUACUGCCGUUGCAGCUGUGCAUCCAAGCGCCGCCGACAUGAUCAUAUCCGGGAAGCCGACCGCAGCUGUAUCAGCAUCUUCCGGGAUGUAUCCUUUGCCGGCUAAGUACGCAUUGCGAUCUCUCUUUGAAGUGAGCUCAAUGCUUGCUUCGGCUAAACCCAUUCCUUCUCAAAGACAAUUCAAUCUUCACAAGCUCCCUUCUUUGCCUUCAAAGGAAGACAUUGAUUCCAUCAAGAUGGAAGCGGUAAGAAGGUUGAAGGAAGGAAAAUGCGAGGAGGCGGUGCAGCUCCUUCGCGACGCAAACAUGCGAUACAAAAAUGAGUCUGAGGCCGACUUCAACGUGCAGAUGGCUCUUGUUGAAAUAUUAAUAUUGCUGGAGCGGUAUCAAGAAGCUGCUGAGUAUAAUUGUCUAAAUGAUGAAAAUGUUCAGAUCUCUGAUGUUCGGAUCCCUCUUUAUAAGGCAAUUAUAUACACGAUGCUAGACAAAGAUACGGAAGCCAAGCAGUGUUGGAAAGAGUUCAGAAAAUCUAUUGGUGAGGGAUUUGACCCAUUCAGUUUCGAAGAGUGAUGAUUCCAUUUUAAUUGGAAAACAGUGAUUAAUACUUUUAAUUAGAUCGAUAUUAAAAAAAACUAUUGUGGUCCCUAAAAACAUGUUACGUAGCAUCUAGUGGUGAAUAAGUCUGAAUGUUACAAAAUAAAUAUUUCUUAAUAUAUUAAGAUAGCUGCUCAAUGAUGGGUACCAUAUAUAGAUUCUUAUAUUUUUCAACAAACUCUAUUAAGCUGAUUUGGUUCUAUCUAAGCC